AUGUCUGCAACUCCCCACAAGGCCCAAAACAAUGGGAAACGGAGGGACAGCCUGGAGAUAGAGGAAAUUUGCGAUGAAGCUAAGAACGGCGAAACAGCGAAGAACAGUUCCGAAUCUCAGGUCAAGGGCGGUUCGACUGGGGCCGACUCUGAUCCAGGGAAUCUCAAGGAGCCAAAGGCUACUCGACUGCAAAUUCAAAGCAUCGAUUCCAUCACUGCCCUUUCGUCCAACCCAACGCUUGUGGCGGAAAGCCAACCCAAAACAGUGAUUGGAGGUGCCAUCAAUCACAACGGAGUCCUUUCCCCAAACUGCGGGAUGUGCGGCCAUGAGAUCGAUGCGCGGGAUGACUAUGGUGUUACAGAGACUCGGGCUCAUCUACCCUAUACCUCUCUGAUCCGAACCACGUCGGAUGUCCGCAACCCGGCUACGCACCCUUGCGGCAUUCUUGCGGCCAUAUGGUGA